AAAAUUAAUAUGCAGGGAAGCAAAAGUUCAAACAGGAAGAGCGAUAAAGGAUCUAAAGGCUCUAAAAAUUCCCAAAGAAAGCCAGCCCAAAAGCCUGUGGCUAAGAAUAAGCCAGCUGAGCCCACUGGGAAAAAUAAGAGCUUAUUUGUGUACUCGAAGGAACUCCCAGAGGCUGUGAUAGAGGUCCUAGAUGCUAUUGACGAGAACCAAACGGCUCUUAAAUAAGCUUAUUGGCAAAGGUAUCAAGAUUAACAACUUCAUUGCCUUUGAGUCUAAAUGUGAAGAACUCCUUGGAGUGGAAAUCAACCAAAUAAUCGACUAUUUUAGUCAUAAAUACGUCAAACCGAAGGAUAAGUUCGUUAUAUCGUUUGAGGACUUCAUUGACCUAACGCAAAGAUGGGCUGAUUCCCAUCUUGUCCAAGAGCAACCAUAUUUUACCAAUGAGGAGUCAAACCAGUUCCUGGAGGAGCAAAAACACGAAAUGCAGGCUAAGAGUAGAGAUAAUUUAGUACUAAAACUUGACAAGCAUUCUGAAAAAGUGCAAGAAAUCUUUGAGAAAUAUGCUAGUAAAGACCAAUCUGAAGAAGAGAAGGACCAAAUCCCUCAACUGUCAGUCAAGCUCAAGCAUAUUCCUGAGAUCAUGGAUGAUCUUUCUUACCUGACCAGUAUCUGAAUAGUUCCGUUCCAAGACCAUGUGGAUGGGAAAAUCUCCAAAAAGUGUUCAAAGAAGGCAGUUGAUGAAUUAUCUCAUUAUUUAUGGAAAAGACUACAUCAGGCAUCUGUGAGUAGUUUAAGGAAAUCUAGCAACAAGCAGGGUAUCUACAAGCAUUCUCCUGACGGAAAGCAAAAACCGAAAGACCUGAGUACCAAGAGUAUCAAAAGCGUUAAGAGUAAAGAUCCGAAGCCAGAUUCUUCUAAGAGAACAGUUCAGACCAAAGUUCUUAAAGAUGGGAAGGAAGUCAUCCAAGAAAUAGAAGUGUCUGACCAUGAAAACCCACUGGUCCUCUCUACAGGCAAAUCUAUAGCUUUUGAAGAUGAGAGAUAUAACUUAGAGAAAGGAGAGUCUGAGCUGCCAUACAAUAUGUUCCAGCAUUAUCUUGAAGACUUCUUCUCAAGUCACCCAGAAUUCGUAUUUUUGGAUACAAAUAAUGAAUUUGAUUCUAAGUUUAAUACCAGUGUGCCUUUUGAUUCCCAAAGGACAUCUUUGCAAGUCCCUGACUCAAGUAAUAAUGCUAUUAAGAAGAAACUUGAGAGUGAUAUAGCCACAUAUGAAUAUUUGUUGGCUACUGACCAGUUAAAAGAUCCUAACGAGAAGGAAUCAGCUCAGAAAUUAGUUGCAACUCUUAAAAAGCAGCUUAAGGAGCAUGAGAGGCGUACUACACAGAGCAUCAAAGGCUCCCAUAGGACCACCCACCAGCUAUCCAAAGAAGAGCUUCGUGAGAGAGGACUCAAAGAAAUAUUUAACUUCUAUUCAAGACAACAUAUUCCUCAAGGUGUUCCCUUUGAGGAACUGGAAGUCAUCAUGAAGCAAGUAGAUCUAGGGGAGUUCACCAGCUUCUGCAAAGAUUUUGAAAUCAACCUCCCUAGAAUAGAGAUAAAGAGAGCCUUCAAUGCUGUCUCACUGAACCACAAAGCAUUGGAGUUCGAAGGCUUUUACAAAGGCAUACUUCGUAUGGGAGUCAUGAUAAAUGACUUGGAAGUGCAAAGACUUCGCAAGAAACUUGGAAUCAAGCCUAAGAGCAAGAAUCCUUCGAGAAUAAAGAAGCAUGCUGAUAAAUCAGAAUCUGGCUCCUCUGAAAGUGGGAGUGAUAGUGAUGGAGAUGAUAGCGAUGCGAGUAAAACCCAAACCACUAAGGUGAACAAAAAGUCUCGAAAAGAGUCAUCUGGCGAUGACUCUGGAUCUGAUAGUGACGAUAAAAGCGAACAAAGCAAGAGGCUUAAAAACAAAAGUCGAUCUACUCAGAACAGGAGCAAGAUGAGUAAGAGAAGCAAGAAGAGUAGGAAAUCCACUCAUAACGAAGGGUCUUCUUCUUCGAGUGGAAGUGACUCAGAAGAUGGUAGCAGCAAAGCCAGUAAGACAGAGAUAACUGGAAAAUCUAAUAAAAAGCCAAAGAAAGACACCACUGAAGAGGAUAAGAAAAGGUUAAAAUUACUUGAAGCCAAGACAAACGAGGAUCUUUUUGAAGAAAUUCUUGACUUUAUUCAGUGUCAUGAUGCCAAUAUUUACCGGAAGAAAAUCAAAGGCUUCCGUUUGGCCUUUAACAUCAGAGAAAAGACAUAUAGGAUGCCUGACAGUACACUCUUAAGGCCAAAUAAAGUACGCUCGAAACAAUCAGCAGAACAAUUAAAGAAAAAGGUUAAAGAGAUGAAGGACAAUAGAUUAAGAAAGAAGCAGGCUGAAGAAUUUCUCAAAGAGCAAAAGAUGAUCAAAAAUCGUCAGACGUUAAAGAAAAUGCACCAAAAGAUGCUCAACAGGAAGUUUGAGCAGAACCCCAUCGAUGUUCAGUCAAGUUAUGUGAAAAGCAUGAUGCAAUCUAAAAAGAAUACUUCAAGACAUGCCCAGGUAAACCUGGGCGUGCUCAAAAUGAUGCAUUACUCUGACUUCAACUUAGGAGAUGAGGAUGAUUUCAGACCAGAGGACAUCAUUGAAGAUGAUGAUAGUGAUGACUCCAUCCUUGCUCUUUAUGAAAAUGAACCGAAGGAAGAGAUCGUAAUCCCUCAGGAUAAAAUAACUAUCAAUAAUGCUAACCAAAUCCAGUAUGACGAGAAGGUCGUUGGGCUUAAAAAGAGCAUAAAGAAGCAAAUAGGCACAUCUAGAGAGAAUAAGAAGGAAUUCCUGAGUGUCAAAAAUAAAGCAAAUCCCAAUAAAUCAACUAUAGCUGAGAGGUAUAAAGCUGGGAGAAAUUUAGCAAGUAUCAGAGCUCAGGACAAUGCCAAUUCUUUAGCAUACCAGAAUGGUGCUAAGAGAUUGAGACAUAAUAACUCAGCCUCAAAAGUGUCUCAAUCUGUAGAUAGACAUCCCUUGACUAAACGCCCAAAGAAUCAGUUGGCAAACCUGACUAGUAUUCAUGGUCCAGAAGUCAAAGGGACGACUAAGAAUAUCAAGACCAAAGUAUUGCUGAACCCUCAUAAGAGGAAUGAAGUAGGAAUAUUAUCCCAAAAGGCUCACUUAGGAACACACCAUGCUCCAAAGCUGCAUGGUCACAACAGAUCCCUCUUCCUAGACCCUACACAUAUGGAAAGUCCGAAUGAAAGAAGAAUUCUGAAGCUGGUUGAUAAGCAAAUUGAUAAGGGUCUUAGAGCAGCUAACAAGUCUAAAAAUUAUUAUAAUCAUUCCUAA